AAGUGUUCGCUCCUCCCUUUUCCCAUACAAGAUGCGGUUCCAAUCGGUAGCAGCUGCUAUACUACUUAGCCUAAGCUUCACAAUACAUGCCACCCAAACGUUCAAGAACACAGGCACCACCUCAGGCUGGAGCUCCAUCAACCAAGAGCACAAGGGCACGGUGCAACAAGUCACCAAUGUAGUCUACGGAGGGUCAACCGCCCUGAAGAUGACUCAGGUCUACGACUCGAGCUACAGCGGUCGCUACCACUCGGAGGUGGUUCACAACGAUAUGUACAAACUAGGCGAUGAAGGCUUCUACGGCUUCACAUUCCGGCUGCAAGAAUCCUGGCAGUUCUCUCCCGCACAAUCGUACAAUAUUGCACAGUUCAUCGCCGAUUUCGGCGAUACGGGUUGCGACGAUUACAUGCCUUCCAGCAUGGUGUGGCUGAUCGGUGACCAACUCUUUACGCGAGUGAAGACGGGUAGUGUGUGCGCGCAAAAGACGACUACCUUUAGCAAUUUGGCAACUGUGAGCGCGGGCGUGUGGCACAAGAUUAUCAUCCAGGCGAAAUGGAGGGCCGAUGGUACGGGAUACUAUAAGAUGUGGUUCGAUGGGCAGAAAGUACUCGAGAAGUACAACAUUGACACCACCGUUGAUGAUGGUCGGGCGUUCCAGUUCCGGGUUGGUCUUUAUGCGAACGGCUGGUAUGAUGAUGGUGGUAUGAAGGGAUCUCAGGGAACUCGCCAGGUGUGGUAUGAUGAGAUUGUUGCUGGCACUACCUUUGCCGAUGCGGAUCCUGAUCAGCAGUAAAUGAUUUCCUUGGAAGAGAAUAUUUAGUGCGGAUGAAAGCGGGAAUUUUCUGUUAAAUCGUCCCGACACGCAAGGCGUAUGGAUAGGAUAUUUUACUACAUUUUGUUUGAGCUGAGCACCGUUCGUCACUGCUUCGGUGCUCAUUCAAGACAUCCGUCUCCGGGAGACUCUCAUGUAUUAGUUGACCACCUAUACAGGAUCGCAAAGGGGACAUACAUGACCAAUGGCUCCCUGAGGACCGACCCGACAUUGAUCUAUUGUGACUAUUGACUGGCCUCAUACUGCAAGGAUACUCUUGUUCCAUUGGUUCCUCCUGGGUAAUAUAGUGGCAGGGCUUGGCUGUUGUAUUCCCUUCCCAUUGGAGUUUUAUGAAGCAGGAGGGAAUUAUACUAGCUGGUAUAAGUCAUAUUGAACCUGAAAGACGCGCGCUUUGCCCGCCGCGGCCCUGAAGCGAUAAGCUGUGAAAUCUGUGUGUGCGGUGGUUAUAUUAUAGCAUCAUUU